AUGGCAAGUGCACAUGGUGAAUUGGAGAAGAGGCUACAGGAUCCAAAUGCUCCACCAAUGUCUCUUCCACUAGAUUUUUUGAAAGACAUCACAUGUGAUUUUUCCAAUGAGUCAGUACUUGGUGAAGGUGGGUUUGGAGUAGUUUACAAGGGAGUUCUUCAGAGUGGGAAAAUCAUCGCUGUGAAGAAGCUUUUUGAAAUACGUCUAAAAGAGGAGACCUUUCAGAAUGAGGUCAGCUCUCUUAUGGGGAUCAAGCACCAAAACGUUCUACUUUUUGUAGGUUACUGUGCCGAAUCAAAAUGGGAAGCGAUAGAGCAACCAAGUGGGAGUGGGAAGCAUAUUUUUGCCGAAAUGCCAAACAGGUUGCUCUGCUUCGAGUAUGCAUCCAACAAAAGCCUCGACAAACAUAUUUCUGAUGAAUCUUUGGGCAUUGAGUGGAAUACGAGAUACGAGAUAAUCAAGGGGGUUUGCAGUGGUAUGCAUUUCCUUCAUGAUGAAUGCCAUAUCGUUCAUCUGGACCUAAAGCCAGAAAAUAUAUUGCUGGACUCUACUAUGACACCCAAAAUCGCGGAUUUUGGUAUAUCAAGGAUCUUUGGAGAGCAACAAUCACGACUUGUCACUGAUAAUCGUGCUGGAACUUGGUUAGCUAUGGGUCUUGCACCUAUAGUGUUUUUCUUUUCCUCAUCUACUUCACGUCUGUGA